CAUUGAACCGGGAAAAUUGGAGUUGGCAUUCACUAUCGAGCGACAUGGAGUUCUCUGAGAUCCAUUGGUCAAAUCUAUUUACUACUAAUGGAGGGCCGAAGCCAUUGUGCAAAUCGAUAUUGAGAUACUACGCAUUAUACGAAGCCUAUUAUGGUUAUGAUUCCAUACGUGCACCUCCCCGUAUGUAUUUCCAAACUCCGGAAUAUACUCCCGCCAAAAUUUAGCCGAUCAGCUGCUGCUGAUCUCGAGCGAUGCACGAUAUCAUCGAAAGCCUCGUCGGUCAUGUACUUUCCCAUAGAUCAUCGGAGCAGAACUGCAAGAUUGCCCCGGUUCAAAGCGAAUUGGCCCGGCUCAAUGGCCGGAAGGACACAUUUGACGCACUGCUGAGUAUGCUCGUGGCGGUCCCAUAUGGCGCGUUGGCGGAUCGCAUCGGUCGCACACCUUGUCUUCUAUUGUCGAUAUUCGGGAUAUUGCUGAGCGAGAUCUGGACAAGAUUCAUUUGUGAGUUCCACCGUGUAUCCUGUAUCAUAUUCGUAGUGUUAAAGAUUAGGCUGGUUGUCUUCUCUCCGGUUGGUCUGGUUGUCCGGCUUGUUUCGCCUGCUGGGCGGCGGCGAACUUGUUGUCUCGUCGAUUAUUUGCGUGAUGGUCGUAGAUGUGUUUCCUGAAAGUGAUCGGUAGGCCUCGACCUCUAGUGACGUUGGAGAAUGCGACUGGCAGGAUAGGGUGACGGCGUUGUAUCGAUUGAGCUCGGUUAUCAUCCUGGGCGAGAUCCUCGCAACGCCAGUCAGAGUCAGUGCUGCAAUGAUGACAUGGUCGUCCUGGAUGCCAUAUCUCCUUGGUCUGGCCAUCGUUACAUUGUGUCUGCCUAUAGCCUGCUUCCUGCCGGAGAUGCUAGACCGACAGAGUAUCGAACCGCAUACCGGUGAUAAUCAGGUCUCCUUGACCGAGCAACUACAGCAGCAGAUCCGGCAGCUCAGUCAUUUGACGCGUUUUUGUGGACGGGCAAUAUAAUCCUGGCGCUGUUCAUUUUUCUUAACGAGUAGUCUCGGUCGCCAGUCAACCUCCCUCUUGCUUCAGUACUAAUACGCCCGCUAUAACUGGUCUCUUGCUCAUGCUGGUCUCUUUCUUGCUCUCUGGGGCGUUGUCACCCUAUUGAC